AUGGCCUUGUCUCUGCUCUGCACACCAGGACCAGCACGGUGUGAAGAGAAUGGCAGUACCCUGCGUGCUCUGUAUUACGCUCCAGUGAAGAGAGAGACCGUGAAGGAAGAUCAACUCCGCUGUGGGGAGCACUCAGAUUAUGGCAGCAUCACUCUUCUCUUCCAAAGCCGCGAGGGCGGCCUGCAGGUCAUGAGCCGUAAAGGGGAGUUUAUCUCAGCUCCAAGCAUUCCUGGAACUGUUCUGAUCAACAUCGCAGACUUGAUGCAGAGGUGGACCAGCGACGUGUUUGUAUCUUCUGUCCAUAGGGUUUUGCUGCCCCCUGAUGGUGACUUAAGGACACGGCAAAGUUUGACCUUCUUUGUGCAGCUGGAUGACAACGCCAUCAUAAGUUAUUGUGAUGGAUCGAACAAAUAUCCUCCAGUGAGGUCUUGGGAUUAUCUUCAGUCCAGAUUCAAUGACACUUAUGGCAGAACCUAGAUUGGCUACUCAGUGUCUCCUGAGCCACAGUUGGAAUAGUGGUCUUGACAGCUGGAAAGGCUGAUUGCUUUAACAUUAACACUUGUGUUACUAAAAGUCAAUUAAAACAUUAAAUGACGCAGUUCUGAACAAAUAUUUAGAGUGGAAGUAAUUUAAUUCUAUUACUAAGUGCAAAAAUAAAAAUCAUAACAGUAUGAAAACUACAAGCAACAUCACCGAUACUUGAUUCCAUAGUGGAACUAAAAAAAUCUUCAUCUAGACUUUGAUGUCACUGAUCGUUGUGCACGUCAAAACUGAUUUUAAGCUGGGAACUACACUUGUUAGUGAGCAAAAAGGGAUGGUAUAUGCAGCUAUUAUGGUAUAUGUGGUAUGUGCUUCUGGUUGCAUUUUCACUUCAUUCUUUGUAAUGAAACCUUUGCUGUGCCUUU